GCCAGUCCUUCUUGGGAUUGGCUGAGGAUUCAAGUCAGAAGUAAUCUUUUUUGAAGGAUCAAUGCUACUACCGCACCAAGGCGCUCUAAAGGAAACAAAAUCAGGUCAGAAAGCUUCAUGUUAGAGUCAGAUGCUAUGUGGACUGCCCUGUUUUUUUCUUAUCGGUGCUGCCAGCCUCAGUCUGUACCUUCCGAGUACGAACAGGAAGAAAGGUUUAAGCAACUAGGGGUGGGCUUUUUCUACUUGGUCGCUGAUAAAGAAGUCGGUUUUGGUCGAAGUCAACCAGGGGGUUGUUCGAGGAAGUCGCCGCUUCAAGACAUCAGACAACCGCACCAUGAGACCACGAACAUUUGCAGCUACAAGUCCAGCAAAGGCACCGAGAACGAAGUGGAAUGGCCCUCAAGCAUCAUGGUGAAGAUGGGAAGGAGUUGUGGGCACGACCUUGACUGCCAUUUCAAGAAAAAAGGAAGAGCGCCCGCCGCCAGUACUAAGACGCAUGACGUUCUGGAUGAAGCACAAAAGCCAACUGCCUUUAGGACUCCAACACAGUUUUCUCGACCACUUCAGUUGAAUCACUUCCGUCGUCAGCCAAAGACUCCAGUGCCCAACUGCUACACCAACAUAAUUGUUCAAUCAAUAACCAACAAGUUUUCGAUCAGCCUUCCCCGGAUCUAGCCCAUCACAAUCUCACCUUUCUGGAUAACGAGCCACCCCGCGUCUGCACAGAGAUAAUCUUGUCUUUUUCCCUUUGAGCGAAAUUACUCUGGAAU